ACACUUUCAUCGAUUUCCGAAAGUUAAUGUCCCAUCCCAUCACGGCAGAUAACGCUCAUUUCAUUUCAAGUUUUUUUUGGUGAAAAAUAAACAACCAUGAGUUUUAGUCCUGAGCAUAAGAAACUUAAGUUAUCAGACGUGGCAUCUACGGAAGGUGACCCGGGAACUUCCUCCGAAAUGACAGAUCCGGCAGCCAUCAACAAGUUGAACAACAACAACGCCAAAAAUCCGGACCCCUACGGCAUCAGAGCGUCCAAGAAGCAAGUUGCCACCAAUGUAACGGAACAAACCCAUCAUGUGUCCAGGGACAAGCGUGGGCAGGUCAUGGGCCUGCGUGGGGGCUUCCGUGGAUGUACCAUCUGGUUCACUGGUUUGUCUGGAGCCGGUAAGACCACUGUGUCCUUUGCCCUUGAGGAAUACCUCUGUCACCAUGGCAUCCCAGCCUACGGUCUGGACGGAGACAACAUGAGAACUGGUCUGAACAAGAACCUUGGCUUCACCCCAGAGGACCGUGAAGAGAACAUCCGUCGUGUCGCUGAGGUCGCUAGGCUUUUUGCCGAUGGUGGUAUCGUCUGUCUUACUUCGUUCAUCAGUCCCUACGCUAAGGAUCGUGAUGUUGCAAGACAACUCCACCAGAAGACCGGUCUUCCGUUCUAUGAGAUCUUUGUCAACACUCCAUUGGAGGUUUGUGAGGAACGUGAUGUGAAGGGACUCUACAAGAAGGCUAGGGCUGGCCUUAUCAAGGGAUUCACCGGUAUCGACCAGGCCUAUGAGGAGCCCGAGAACCCAGACCUGGUCCUCAUGUCUGGCAGGGACAGCGUCAAGGAUGUGGUCCAGCAGCUGGUUAGCUUCCUCAGGUCGGAGAACAUUCUUCCUGACUCUGCUGUGGAGACCGUGAAGGAGCUUCUGGUCCCUGAGCAGGCCGUGCCGGAAGCCAUGAAGGAGGCAGAGAGCCUACCAUCUCUCAACAUCAGCAAGCUUGAUCUUCAAUGGACCCAGGUGUUAGCUGAAGGUUGGGCCACGCCCAUGAUGGGUUUCAUGCGAGAGAGGGAGUUCUUACAAUGUCAGCAUUUUAACUGCCUUCUUGAUGGUGGCACUAUAAACCAGUCCGUCCCGAUUGUUCUUCCCGUUCACACCGAGGACAAGGAGCGCUUGGAGAAGGAGGAGGCGUUCACACUGAAGUACGAAGGUCGCUGUAUAGCUAUUCUACGUACACCCGAGUUCUAUCUGCAUAGGAAGGAGGAGAGAUGCUGCCGUCAGUGGGGAACAUCCCACCCUGAUCAUCCUUACAUCAAGAUGGUCAUGGAGAGUGGUGAUUGGUUGGUCGGUGGAGACCUGGAAGUCUUGGAACGUAUCCGUUGGAACGAUGGUCUGGACAGCUACCGCCUCACCCCCAAUGAGCUCAGGGCCCGCUUCAAGGAGAUUGGCUCCGACGCCGUCUUUGCAUUCCAGCUGCGUAAUCCCGUCCACAACGGCCACGCCCUGCUGAUGAACGACACCAAGCGCAGGCUGAAGGAGCGUGGCUACAAGAAGCCGUGUCUUCUUCUUCAUCCACUGGGUGGAUGGACCAAAGCCGAUGAUGUUCCUCUGGAUGUUCGUAUGCGCCAGCAUUCCGCCAUCCUGGAUGAGGGGGUUCUGGACCCUGAUAGUACAGUGGUAGCAAUCUUCCCAUCACCUAUGAUGUACGCAGGACCAACAGAGGUACAAUGGCAUGCCAAGGCUCGUAUGGCCACUGGAGCUAAUUUCUACAUCGUCGGUCGUGACCCAGCUGGUAUGCCCCACCCAGACAAGUCGGGUGACCUCUACGAUCAUUCCCACGGCCGACGUGUCCUUACUAUGGCCCCAGGUCUCACCCAACUAGAAAUCAUCCCAUUCCGUGUCGCUGCAUACAAUCUGAAGAAGAAAGCCAUGGACUUCUUCGACCCAGAGAAGAAGGAGGACUUUGACUUCAUCUCGGGCACCCGCAUGCGUAGGCUGGCCCGCGAGGGGCAGACCCCGCCCGACGGGUUCAUGGCGCCCAAGGCCUGGGGGAUCCUCUCCAAUUACUACCAGUCUCUGGCCAAGAAGUAAUGCAGGAUGUGAACGGCCCCCUGAUGUGAUCGCGAGAGAGUGGAGGAGAAAAACCAAGUGUCUUUGAGGCUUUAUUGGCAAGAAAGUAAUGUUUACAUGACAGACUGAUAUCAGUUUUUAAAAUUUGUCCUUUUUUUGUUUUGGUUCAUUUUAACCCACCUUUUGAAGGUUGAUUCAAUGUCACAGUCACACCUGCGUAACCGACUCCAAACCGACCGAGGGUAUGUCAUUGGUAAUAACAUGACAUCUUUGGUCGGUCUUGGGUCGGCUUUGCCGGUGUGAACGUGGCAUCACCCAGAGAUAUCUAGAGAAAACAGGCAAAAUGAGUAGCUCUUUUGGUAUUUCCUUUCCGUCAUCUAUCUCUCUGUAUUUGUCGGCUGGGGUGGAUUGGUUUGGCAUUGAUGUUGAGUCGGGUUUUUUCAGAUAGUGAUGUCAAAUGUUGUUUUUCUCACUUAACUAAUCACACCUAAUUAGAACAGGGCCCCGUCUGACAAAGAGUUUUGAUUGAUCCGAUCAAUCUCAAGUAUAUGGAAAUCCAUCAAUGUCAUAAUUUUUUCCUCAGGAUACUUGCUCAACGUCCUUUGAAAACAAAGACAAGCAUACAGAAUUGUCAAGACAAAACAGUGAACGUAUGCACAUACAUCUUUUCUAUAAAAUGUUUUGAACAAACAUGUAUUUCAGAUGUUGACGUUGCUGGCUUUCCAUAGUUGCAAUUGAUCGGAUCAAACGCAACUCUUUAUACGACAAGCCCCAGAUAUCAACCAAUCGCACAUGCCAUAAAGGAAAGGGGUGUGAUCUGUUCAAAAUACCUUGUAUACUGCUCAGUAUCCCAUGCAUUAUUCUCAGGAAUAAGAAUGAACUUCACAAAGGCUGGCAAUUUUCAACCGUUUGGUCUUUAUCGUAGGCGAUUUAAAUGACCUGGGUCGUGAGCUGUAUAUGUAAGAGAAAUAUUUGGGGAACAGUGUAACUAUGAUCAGUAUUAGAUUGCACUGCAUAUAUCAUCAUUGUCACUGCUUUAGUAUCUUGGGCAUUUCAGAGAGAAUCCUUGGUAAAAGUCUCUGACUCAUUAUUCAUCAAUCUCAAACGUGCACGUGGAAUAUCAAAUGUUGACGAAGAUACCAAAGCCUGCAUCAUUAUAGACCUCAAUUACCUUGUUAUCCACCUAAUGUUUGGUCAUUAGAGGUAAUGCACAAAACACUUGCUCUUAUCAUAAAUCCAUCUAAAUUGUCUGGGUUUUAUUUUAUAUAUUUGAGUGUGAAUUUGAUUUUAGUAUUUUUUUUAGUGUGAACUUUUUUACCUAGCAAUAAUGUAACCACCCAAAAUAUUAACUACAGUCUGUCAUGCUAAUGUUCAAAUUUCUUAUCAAUAAGCUUCUUUUUUUAAUAAACAUUAAGCCUAUUCAUCUUUUUUUACUCUGUCUUUGUCUCCGUUAUAUUUUUAGAUCAUUUUGUUUUUAUUCCCAUUAGGCUUUCCCUGACUUCUAAUUCCAGUGCGUGUCUGUUAAUUUUUUCAAGAGAAUUUUGUUACAGCUGAUAAGAUAAAUAAAAAAAGAAAUCAUUCCAAUGAGCCAAGAGCAUAUUCUACAGCAAGACUUGCAAAUAAUGGAAGAAUGUUUUAUCGAAUGAAGUCUUAUAUUUUUGUACCAGCUUGCAAGAAAAAGUUAAAUGGCGUCCAUUCUUGUGAUGUGUUUUAGACAAGAGAAUAUGAGGCCAAUCAAGUGUGAAAUUAGACUACAAUGCUUGUCUGGUGAUUAUUUGUUUUAUCUUACUCUUAAUCUUCAUCACUGACCAUUUUCAAAUUCAAUACAUUAUGUAAAUUCUUGAUAAGAAAGGAUAUACUCAGGUCAUGCUAGAAUGAAAUUCUUCAGCUAUUUGUGUGAACAAAAAUGAAAGACAGGAGAUUAAAAUUGUGACAUUUGCGGUUUAGAAAGUGACCAGUAUUCAGCAUUUAUAUAAUGCUUGUAACAGUAAUUACAGAAACAUAGCACUUUCUCGGGAUGGAAAUGGAAGAGUAGAUUUUUUUUCUAUCUCUUCCUGACUUUCGCAAUAUUUUCCUCAAUGAAUUAUUCAAACUGACAAAAUUUUAAAAGAAUCACAACCUUACAGUAAAUUUCCCGGAGUCCAAAGAAAGAAAAAGUGAAUUUGCAGCCUUUUUUUAUUGAAGAAGAAGCACAUGUCUGUCUUGGAGAUAAUUUUAUAUUUAUAUACAGAGAAAGAAUCGCAUCUUGAGAUAUAUUGAAUAAUAAUGAUAUGAGAAAGCAUUAAUUUAUUGCAUAAGAUAUAUAGAGAUUUUAUUUAUGAUAAAUGGUUUUUGAGAGAGGUGUUAACCCAAUGAUAGUGUGCUAGAGUGACUUUGAUCAUUACUUCAUGCAAUGUAAAACAGGCAGUGUAUUGCUUUAGUUAACAUCACAGAUGACACAUCACAUUUUUGUUUCAGUUAUAACCAAGUGAAAAUGAUAUAAACAAAAAAGUAACAAAGAAAUUUGCUAUUUAGUUCAUUAUCAAGUACACAUCACUUAAGAAUGAGGUAUUAUUUGCAUUCAGUUUACCACAUAAUGAUGAGCUGAAAGGGGGGGGGGGCAAAACCUUUAUAGUUCGUUGUCUAUUUUACAUCACAGGCAAGAACACAUAAUUUCUUCAAUUAACCAUUAUCAGCAAUAUAAUAAAUGAAAAGAAACUAUUUCAUCACUGCCUUGAAAAUACACCGCUAUAAAGUAAAUGAAUUCAUUAGUUUCUAUAACAAUGCGAUUACACUAUUAACGUCUGAAAUGGAAUGUGAAUAACAAUAUCUAGAUUAAAUAGAAAUGAGUAAUCUGUUGACAGAUAAAUGAUCAAGAUUGAUAUUAAUGUCUGAGAUGCACAACUGACAAUUGAUUUCAAUGUAUAAUGCAUUUUCACCUGCCGUGCAGAUGAGAAUACACUUGAUGGCUACAGUUGAGGUUUGGGAAGAUGCGGACUGCAUGUGAAAGGACCCUGCUGAUAUUGUAUGUAGUUUGUGUACAAAAGAAAACUGAUCUGUUCAUUCAUGGUGAUUUACGAUGUUCUUCUCUAGUCAAUGUAAACAUUUCACCAAAGAACAGUUAUUAUUCAUGGAAAUGAAUUAAGACAGUAUUACAAUUGUAUUUGUCACAUCCACAUAGGAAUUGAUAAAAAUGUCCAAGCUAGCAUUACAAAUAUGUCGAAAUAAAAUUUGGUAGGAAGGAGAGCCGUCUGUAUUCUCCAAACAAAAGAUGGAACAGGAGGCUUUAGACGUCUAUUUGGAAUUAUUUUAAAUAAGGAAUCCGCAAAUAUUCAAAAGGAAAUGUACAAGGAAUUAAAAACUUCGAAUCCUCUAGCAAAUAUAUAGAUUCUUUCAGUAAUCUGUCGGAUAAGAUGCAAAAACAUUGUUAUGUAAA